UUAACUAGUAGAGAGAAGCAGGCAAACGCAGGAGAGCUAUAGAGAAAGAGAGAGGUGUGUGUAUGUGUGUGGUGGAAAAGAAAAGAAAGAAUAAAGGAGAAGAGUAGAAGAGAAAUUUCACACGUGAAAAAACGGAGAUACAUGCUGGAGAUUCUGCGGAAGGAAAGAUAUAAGAGCUGGAGAGAAUGAAAGAUAGAGGAAGUGACAGAGAAACGGAGUGAAAGAGGGAAAAGAAGAGACGGACACACUUUUUGAAGGUACAAAGAUAGCCGAGGGGACCAAUCAAAUGGCAUGGUGAUAUCUAGCCAAAGUGAAAAACCCACUAAGGACCUUGCACCAAACCAUUUGCUUCAGAGCCAAAGCCAAGAAGUUCAGAGACACAAGAGGAUCUUCAGUUAAUGAGGCCAUCUGAGACCAUUUAGCUCGUUCUCUCUCUCAGUCACACACACACACAUUUAUCAUUCUAUGAAACAUAAUCAUCUUUGGAUCAAGCAGCAUGUUGGCUAAGAGACAUCCCUCACCCUCCAGCUCCCGCUCAGGGGGCUGAGCCAGCUGGAGCAGGUGAUGGGCCGUAGGGCAGCCGAAACGACCAAUCCGGUGCCAGCGCUGGGGGUGCCCCUCGCGGGGGGGCGGGCUGUCCUGUCGCAGAAAUGGGGUCCACUUUGCAGCGUGGGAGUGCAGACGUCGCCGGGGUUGCGCUCUCUACCUUCUUUAAAGAGAAGGAAUCAGUCAAUGGGCACGACUCAUGGAGUCUCUGUGUCCACAGAAACCAUGUCCCUGGACAGAGUGAGGCCAGUCACCAAGGGAAAGCUCCAAAAUUGCAUCAGCAACAUGUCCCAGGAUGACAUGUCACAAGAAGGGGGCAUCUACUGCCAGAUCAAAUCUGUUCCUACCAACUCCAAAUCAGGAUGCAAAGGCAGUUUUAAGAGGAACCCUCGUUAUGUCAAUGGCAGCAUAGUUGCACCAGAGUUGGUAGGCGGGGUUUGCAGCGAAGGGGCAGAGGCGGAGGAGGCAGGUGCCCAAGCCCGGACCAACAUGCAAGAACCCAGACGUGGUCAGUCUCUGAAAGGCGAAAAGGCUCGCCCUGUGGCACACUGUGGGAUUGUGAGUUCCUACGCCACACCUCCACGACCCUGCCGCAUGGUGACAUCACCCAGGCUAUGUGGCACAUGUGGAAGAAGACAAUCGCAAGCCCCGCCCUGCAUGGUGCAUGCCUGUCGCAAACGAGCAGCCAAUCAGAUUCGAGCGAGCAUGACCCUUCCAACACCGCCCAAGAAGGACUUGCCCAAAUUACAAAAGCAACAUUCUACCGAAACGAACACAACAAGCUCCUUCCACACACAGAACACUCACAAAGACAGUGACACUAUUUCCACACACUCACAAAAAAGAGACACAACUACACAAGAAACACAGACACAAGCCAAUACUGCAGCCCCUCAAAUGGUACAUAACAAAAUUUGUAGAACUGACUUGCUGACCACGCAACUAUCUAAAAGACAAAGUAAACUCAAGUCAUCACAACAAACACAAACCUCACAAACAGGAAGCCCUGCAAAGAAAACUCCACCCACAGAAUCAAAGACUGAUGAAAAGCAACACACAGCGAAGGAGACACAACCUAAAGAGGAGACUGUGAAUAAGCAAAAUGCUGCAGCUCCUGAGUCUGCACAUUCAUCCGUGUAUGUCACCCCUAAACCUCCUCCACCUGUACUUUCUAUUGGAGUAGAAUCAAAAGCCACGCCCACUCUCCCACCUAAAAACUCCUCUCACACCAAGUCUACGGAGGCAACGCCCAAAGUUUUUUUACCAAAAUCUCCAAAAACUCAAAAAUCUCCAAAAUCAGAGAUCAAAAACACACCAAAAACGUCUCCUCCUUAUUCAGAACCUAAAGUCCAGAAGGAACCAGAAACCAAGCCAUGUCCUACAGAUACUACUAAGCCCCCAAUAAAGGACAUGGCGGCACCAGACAUACCGCAAUGCAACGGGGUACCAACAGCACUCCACGGACUACUCCAGGACAUAGAGGAUAACCUGCUGUCCAAUCAAGAGAAGAUCAAAGUUCUACUUAAUGUGAUUCAGGACCUGGAGAAGAGCAAGGCCAUGAGUGAGGGGCGCUGCUCCUACAGAACUGGGCAGGACAUCAACAACUGCUCCACCUGUCAAAAAACGGCCUGCAUUAUUUACAGUGUUGAGCACGAUUUUCGGCUGCAGGAGGGUCGAUUUCAGAAUGUGCUUGAGGCACUGGACAUGGAAUAUGAUGUCCCAGCACCCAUUCCAAAACAACCUGUCCCCUCUCGACCCCGUACCAAGAACCGUGUCAAGAAACUCCGCAAAAAAUGUUUCUGGUGGCUGUAGCCCACAGCAAGGAACUCUAUAAAAACACUUACCACAAGCAUCGCUAUUAAUGCAAAGGUUCAGAGCAUUCCAACCACAGAACCCUUGUCUGCUGCCAAGAAACAGGUCUAUGUCAUUAAUGUCUUUUUGUUGCUGAAAGUUUUUGCUUUGAGGCUAUGGACUUGGACACCAGCACUACUGUCAAGAAGACGGGAGAUAUAUCCAUAGAGAUCUUUCUAACCAUAACCUAAUUGCAAAUUUUGGAUAUAAAUCUCACACCCCAUACAGUUGUUUCUACAGAGAAAAGUGGAUUUACUCCUCUGUUUCCACACAGGAUUUUUUUUUUGUGUCUCGUAAUUUAUGUUCAAUGGAAGGUAAAGGAAUUAAACCUUCUAACCAAAGACAGUUGAGAAAAACACAAGAGGACAACGGAAAUCCUUCGGACAUUUCUGGACUCUCGAGGGAACCAACAGCUAGAGACUCCAGUCAAUCAAUAGCCUUUAUUCGGUUAACAGACAGAACUGGGAUCCAAUCAAUAUUACCCUUCACAAUGACUGACAGAAUGCUUACUUAAUAGAGACACCCUGUCUAAAGUAAAAGCAUUUCAUCACAACACUCCCUGCCUGAAGUGUAAAUGUAGAUGUCUGAAUUUCCUCCCAAACUUAGUCUACCUUCAGUCUAAGCUCAACGGAGAGCGUGAAUUCUCAUCCAAUUACUGACAGUAUAACAUUAGAUGGGGUAGAAACAGCUACAUCCCAAAUGCACACAUUUUAAUCUUAAUUGGUUGCUUGCAGCUUGAAACUGUAGAACCGGAGUGAUGCGGGACUUGCGAAGCCAGGCACUGAAGAACUGGAUAAAAAGGAAAAGUCUGUUUAACUAUUUAAGCCUAGCUCCUUCGCAUACACAAUUGCCCGAGUUGCUCUCCACAGCAAGAGUAUUUGGAAGCUAAUGUAAUAUGGAUGCACUUAUGGUAAUUGAACAACACACAGAUAUGUAGACGAGAGACUGGACUGGAAAUGGAUUUGCAUUUGGUUUUCUCACACACUCAUAAUAAUAGUUUCACAGUGUGACUUCAUUAGUGAAAUGGAUGCACAAGUCUGUGGUCGCAUAUACUAAACACACACACACACACACACUUAGUCUUCCACGGUUUGUCUGUAUUGAACAUAGACACAUCAUCACUGUAUUUUUAUACACGGCUAUUUUAAUAGGCUCAAACUACAUUACCCACAAUUCCUCAUGCCAUCAUUUUAGCUGUCGUCACGGCUGUUUGUAACUGAUAUAUUUGGGAUGAUAUAAAUAAAACAAGUAUUUUGAUGCAG